CCGCGUGAUAAUGCGCGUUCACGCUCCGCAUUCUGUCUCCGCCUCCCCACAGCAAAAUGGCGACCGUUGACUACGACGAGGCUGCGGGGCCGGAGAUGGAGCUCAGCGACGAAGAGCUAGAAAGGGAAGCAGAGGGCUACAAAGAGCAAGGCAAUGCUUUUUACAUUAAGAAGGAUUAUUCUGAAGCAUUCAACUACUACACCAAGGCCAUAGAUGUGUGCCCGAAGAAUGCCAGUUACUAUGGCAACCGUGCGGCCACUCUGAUGAUGCUGAGCCGCUACAGAGAAGCACUAGAAGAUUCCCAGCAAGCUGUGCGGCUAGACGACACUUUCAUGAAGGGUCACCUACGGGAGGGCAAGUGCCACCUGUUGCUUGGUAAUGCUAUGGCUGCCAGCCGCUGCUUCCAGAAGGUUUUGGAGCUGGAGCCAGACAACAGCCAGGCUCAACAAGAAUUGAAGAACGCUGAGUCAAUUCUGGAGUAUGAGCGCAUGGCUGAGAUUGGUUUUGAAAAGCGAGACUUCAGAAUGGUUGUGUUCUGUAUGGAUAGGGCAUUGGAGUCGGCGUCUGCAUGUCACAGGUUUAAGGUGCUUAAGGCAGAAUGCCUGGCACUGCUUGGCCGCUACCCAGAAGCCCAGUCUGUUGCCAGUGAUAUUUUGCGGAUGGACUCCACUAACGGUGAUGCCCUGUAUGUGAGGGGCUUGUGUCUGUAUUAUGAAGACUGCAUUGAUAAAGCUGUGCAGUUUUUCAUUCAGGCACUCCGUAUGGCCCCCGAUCACGAAAAAGCCCGUCUGGCCUGCAGAAAUGCCAAAGCACUGAAGGCUAAGAAAGAAGAGGGAAACAAAGCGUUUAAAGAGGGUAAUUUUGAGGAGGCCUAUGAGCUCUACUCGGAGGCCCUGACCAUUGAUCCUAACAACAUCAAAACCAACGCCAAGCUCUACUGCAACCGGGCCACUGUUGGCUCCAAGUUAAAGAAAUUGGAGCAGGCCAUAGAAGACUGUACAAAGGCUAUUAAACUGGAUGAAUCCUAUAUUAAAGCUUACUUAAGAAGAGCCCAGUGUUACAUGGACACAGAGCAGUAUGAGGAAGCAGUGCGAGACUACGAGAAGGUCUAUCAGACAGAGAAAACUAAAGAACAUAAACAUCUGCUGAAGACUGCUCAGCUGGAGCUGAAGAAGAGUAAAAGGAAAGAUUAUUAUAAAGUUCUUGGAGUGGACAAAAAUGCCACAGAAGAUGAGAUCAAGAAAGCUUACCGUAAACGAGCCCUUAUGCACCAUCCAGACCGUCACAGUGGAGCAAGUGCUGAGGUGCAGAAGGAGGAGGAAAAGAAGUUUAAAGAGGUGGGCGAAGCCUUCACUGUGCUCUCUGACCCCAAGAAGAAAUCACGCUACGACAGUGGCCAUGACCUGGAGGAUGAUGACAUGAACAUGGAUUUCGAUGCCAACAACAUCUUCAAAGCGUUCUUCAGCGGGCCUGGUGGAUUCAGUUUUGAAGCUUCUGGACCUGGAAAUUUCUUUUUCCAGUUUGGCUAACUGGGCAUUCUCCAGCACGUAUGCAGUAGACCCACACGACCUCCAGACUACCCCAAAACGGACUCUCCCACCACUCACACUCUAUACUGCUCUGUUCUGUACUGGACCCUGAGUCCGUGCCAUUGACUUGAUCUGAUGCAACAAGGUGUUUACGGCCAGUAAAUGAUCAUUCUGUAAACAGCCGUUUUCGAAAACGUCAAAAAGCACUGCAAAAUGCACCAAUCCUCUCUGAAAUAAGACCCCUUCCUUUUGGAUCGCAAGCUUUUUAAUUAGGGUUUAUCAUGAAACCACUGCUGUCUCCACAGUUAUGUUUCAGUACAUACCUUAAAUAAUGGUCCUCAUUAAGUAACCACUUAAGCAAGCCAAUGGCAUUUUGUUAGCUUGCUCACCAAACUGUGUAGUUCAUGCAUUCUCAUGUGGUGAAUGUAGAAUGCUACGGUUCAUGGCUUCCACAGAGGAAAAGUUUCACAAUAUUUAUUAUGUCAGAGUAAGAAUUGCACAGGAAGUCGUCUAGCCUUUAACUCCCAUCAGCCCCAGUUCCCCAUGCCACCGAAGCUGAACUUACACUGCUUGCUUGUAACUUUGGUCUUGUGAUACCCAAAGGGGGGGACUAAGGCCAGUACCACAAGUUUACAAAUGAGCAAAUCAAGCGAAGUCAUGGUUCUUGAAUUAAAGUGAGCCAUAAUUUCUUCUUUUUUUUUUUCUUUUUUUUUUUUCUCUCAGUCUCCUCAAAUGCUGUGAUGCUACGUGAAUACACAUGCCUGUCCCAUGCCAAAUUAGAAACACAAAACUGAGCCCUGUUUGUUGAAUAUUCUCCCACUGGCUGGGUUAAAUUUACCUAAAUUUCGCUUUUCACUGUAUGGCUUGACUCGACUUGCUUUUGGUACCAGCUACUUCAUAGCAUGGGGUACCGGAUUUGCCAACUGUACUACUGCAUAUACAAGUGCAGAGAGUGUGGUGAUCCAGCACCUCCUAGUGGUCUCUUCUCUCUCUGCAACAUUCAUGUUUCAAUGUUGCCAUUCACCUGUUGCUGCAUUGUACAUUUUACUGGAAUGUAAAGUGUUUUUGUGUUGAUAGUUGACAACUGUUUUUUUUUUUUUGUUUGUUUUUUUAAACUAUGAGAUGCAUUACGGUGGCCGACAAGACCCUGUUCACCGUACAAUUAAAAACGCGUUGCAAACUCAUAAAUGCAAAAAACACUCAUCGGAAUGACUACACUUGAACUGAAAUUUUGCAAACAUGCUGCAAAAACAGAAAACACUUUCAUUAAAAUGACUAGAGAGAGCAACAUCAGAGCUACAUUUUACAAACACACUGCAAAUAAAGAAAACGCAGGCAACUUCAGAAACACUGCAAAGCCAGUCAAAACACCUAGGAAGUGAGCCACAACACAGUGGAAAUGCUUCUGGAAGUAGGAUGAAAUAUUACUGACAAAAGUAGACAAAAGUAGUCCGCAGACACACACAUACCAAGUUCAUGAUUAACCUGGCUGGCAAGUUUGCUGUCUGACAUGUCAUGGCUGUACUGUGGUAUUUAAUCUGGUAUUGUUAGUUUAGCUCUGACAGUUGCACAGUACAGUGGUACAGUGAUGGUAGUAAUUUGCUCAAAUAAUUUUUUACUGAUGAGUGUUUAUGCUCCAUUGAAGUCUGAAUGGUUCCUUCCUCUUUGAGCAUCCUCCAGAAACAUCUCUGUUGUGUGGUGACUGGCUUAUCAGCGUUUCUGAAGUUGGAGCGCGUUUGUGAAGUGUAGCAUUGUUGCUGUCAUUUUGAUCAAGGUGCUUUCUAAGUAUGCAGAAUGUCUAAUGAAUUUGCAGUGUCUUUGUAAAGCGCAGCGCCCAUGUUGUCAUUGUGUUGAAAGUGUCUUCUGCAUUUGCAGCUUGUUUUUUUUUUUUUUUCUUUUCUUUACAGUUUGCUGGGGCUUCUCGGCCACCGUGAUAUAUUCACUUUUUUGAUAUCAAUAUUUAUUGUAAAUUCACAGAGCCAGAUGUGAGCCACUGAGGACUUGAGUGUGGAUGGAUGAUCUUUAGAUGCACCAGGAUCUGUAUGUUUACAGAUGGCAGGGCUGGGGAGAGAUUUUAGUAGCUUUCUGCUUUUCCACCAGGUUGUAACUAGCAACUGGUGAGGUGGGAGCUGGAGCCACUCGGACUGCUUUUGCCUAGUUUUGGUUAUAGAUGGCUCGCUUUCUGUGAAGGGAUGUAGAGCAAAUAGAUGAAGGUAUAACUCAUGGACCUGCGUGGAAGUCCACACCAUACCGUUGAAGGAUAACUGAAGAGCAUUUUUAGAAACUGGAAAUUUGCUGUACAGGUGUCUCCCUCUGCAUGCUACAUUAAACAUUACCCUGUUUGCCUAAAGCCUCAAGUAUGCUUCAGUUUGACACUAAGCUACGUUGCCUGUCCUAAGAUCCCUGUGGUGCAGCCAAAAGAUAACAUCCACAUUGGUGUGGCUCAUGCUAAAGGAACAGUCUUGACUAUGGACCGUGUUCAAAUAGCCAUGUAAAUAAAGUUAGUUUUUCUGGUUUCUCCCCCUUUA